GAAAACAGAGGGGACCCAGGUAGCUGCUUUUAAAGGAAACCCAGCCAUCCCCCUUCUCAAGGCAGUGGCUCCAGGAAUGGAGCCCUGAGCCAGAGGCCCAUCUGCAGGCAGCACCAGGCUGAUUAACGGCACCAGAGAGAGCUGCAAACUAAGGUGAAAUAAGAGAGGAGGUGGCACUGGCAGAAACUGUUGCAGCCGGAGUGGAGGCCCCAGCUGAACAUUCCCAUCCUGUCUCCAGCGGUUCAGGACGGCUGGAUUCAGCAGGGAUCAUUGACCCCGCGCGAUCCAAAAAUCCAAGGCGUUUCUAAGGCUGUGGUCCCUGGCGUCUGCCCUGCGUCGGAUCCUUCCUCCGCCAUGUACAGCCAGAAGCCCUACACCAGCCCGCCCACCGGCUACGGCCCCCCCGGCGACGGCUAUGGCUACGACAUCCACUCCCCCGCGCCGGGCUCCUUCUACGUGGAGGACGUGCCGCAGUAUUUUUACAAGUGGAACUCUCCGCCCGGCGUGGUGAGGAUCCUGGAGGCCCUGGUCGUCCUGCUCUGCAUCACCAUCUUUGCCUGCGUGGCCUCCACGCUGGCCUGGGAAUACAGCUACGGCUACGGGGGGAUGUACGGGAGCGGGCUAGGCAGCUACUACGGGUCUGGCUAUUAUGGAGGAGGGAUGGGCUACGGGGGCUACGGGGGCUAUGGCGGCUAUGGAGGCUACUAUGGCGGGAUGACCAACCCGCGGGCAGCCAGCGGCUUCAUGAUCGCCAUGUCGGUCUUGUGCUUCAUCGCGCUGCUGGGGCUCUUCGUGGCCAGCGUCACCAAGUCCAGCGGCGCCCGGUCCCGCAGGUUUUACCUGGCGGUCAUCGUGGUGUGCGCCAUCCUGGCCUUCGUCAUGCUCAUCGCCUCCAUCGUCUACAUCAUGGGCGUCAACCCCCGGGCGCAAAUGACAGGCAGCUACUACUACAGCCCCAUGCUGACCAUGUGCAACCAGAUGUACUCCUCCGGCGGGGCCUACAUGAACCAGUACCUCUACCACUACUGCACCGUGGACCCGCAGGAGGCCAUCGCCAUUGUCUGUGGGUUCUUCAUUGUCAUUCUUCUCUGUGUGAUUUGCUUCUUUGCUCACAAGACGCGCCACAAGAUCUGGAAGUUUGGGAAGCCCAAUAUCUACUGGGACAAGCCACUCGCCUUCCAGGAAGGCCCCAACGUGGAGGAGUGGGUGAAAAACGUUGCGGAGGGCGCCAGCAUGCACGAUGAGACGGCCACGCUGGCCUACUCCGAGAAGCCAAUCAGCCCUGUCAACGCCCCGGCCAGCGCCUACGGCUACCCGCACAAGGAGAACGGCUACUAUUCCCCCGAGGCCUACAACCCCAGCAGCUCUCCUGCCCGUGUGGUCAGCGAGCAGCCCGCCAGGACCUUCAGCACCAGCACGCUGGAGGAGAGGAGGAGGGAGAGCUCCAGCAAGCCCCCGGCCCGGCGUGGGAGGAGAAGGAGGCGCAACCCCGAGCUGGACGAGUCCCAGUACGAGACAGACUACACCACAGCCAUGGAGUCCAGCGACGAGCGGGACAAGGACGAGUGGGGCAGCGUGUACCCCCCAAUCACCUCGGACAGCAUUCGCCAGGAAUACAAGCAGGAGUUCGACGCCGACCUCAAGCACUACAAGCAGCUGUGCGCCGAGAUGGACGACAUCAACGACCAGCUGAACCAGCUCAGCAAGCAGCUGGACGGCUUGUCGGAGGACAGCCCGCAGUACCAGGGAGUCGCCGAGGAAUACAACCGGCUGAAAGAUUUAAAACGGACUCCUGAUUAUCAGACAAAGAAAAUGGAGAGCAAAGCUCUGCGGAACAAGCUGUUCCACAUCAAACGCAUGGUGAGCGACUACGAUAAGAUGAGAGGGUAGCGCAGAAAGCGGAAUCCUUUGGCGGGGGAAGAAAUUCUGCAUGUGGUCAGCCGCCUUCCCGCCACGAAGCGCUGCAGGAAUGCCAAACACCUGGACUAAACGCAGAUUUCUUUUUGUUUUGUACACUCGUUUCAAAAGCAGAAUCUCUCUAUCUUUGUGCCAUUUCCAAACCGAAACCCAACAGGUCUCGGAGAGCGGGGCAAGAGGGUGAUUUUUAGAACAGAAAUGAAACUCCACGGAAGUUUGCGCUCUGGUUGAUUCCGGUGGGCCCGUAUCCUGCAAUGACCUAAGCAGAAAUCCUGGUCCCAUUGAAAUCAGUGACUUCAGUGGGGCUAGGAGAUCCUCCUUGGUGCUUAAGUUUAUGCGUGCGAGUCAUUAAUUCAAUAGAACUGAGCAUUAAGCAUGCGCCUGCGGGUGCUGCAGCAUCGGCCCCGCGGUUUGUACGUGUGCAGACGUACAUUUGUAAAUACGUGGCUAUGUAUAUAAAUUAGCCUCCUGUUUUAUAUGAGCAAAGAGUGAGCCUCGCUGUAGCAUGCUCACAUGCUGGUCCCCAUCCUGCAAGGCCUUACUCGCCCACGUAGUCCCAGUGAGCUCAGUGGGACACCCCUCAGGUGCGAGGACCCUCGGUGGGUGAAAUUCAGCCCUGGGCUGAAGGGUUUGUACAAGGCGUAUGCACCACUGACACCCCCUGAGCACGGUAGGUGGAAUGCGGCUCCAUUGACCUCUGUGGGGAUUGUGCCGUUGACUUCGGCAGAGCCUGGAUUUCACUCCAUUAUGGGGACUUUGUGCUGCACAAGCCUGAUGCUGGCUCCCUGUCCAGGAAAGGUUUGCAGGAUUGGGUCCGUGCUCUCUGGAAAGGCAAUUAGCAAGGACUCCUGCUCCCUCUUAGAUUACUGUCAUCUUUCCCCUCCAUCCCCCGAGUCCCAGUGUGAUUCAAAGCCAGGAGCAUGGGAGAGCCGUGGCUGGAGCGCUGGAGCCCGGGCAUGUUUCGCACUCCACACCAGGAAGGAGCCCAUUGCAGCCAGCUGAGGGUGACGGCCUGUCUCCCACCACAGCAGCCGAGUGUAAACCCAGACCCGAGCUCCAGUGUGUCCCGGCCCCUCACCUCCUGCCCCGUUCUGCAGAAGUGUCUCUCGUGGAGCUGACAACUGAGUGUGGCGGCGGAUGCAUUUCACCAGGAUGAAUAAUACAUCGGGAACUCCUGAGUCACCCAGCGCAGCCGGCUCACACGCCUGACAACUUGACAAGCCAGCAAAAGCCAGGCUUUGGCCGCCCCACAGCAAGAGCCCAUGCUAGGCAUUGUGUGAGGAGAUUUCACGCUCGCACGGGCAUCACGGUGCCAGCCUUAGAAUUGCGCCUCCCCCCCCCAGCUGCCACGGUUUUAUAGAGCUGGGCGGCACGGUGCGAACGUCUGAACACAAUUUUUUUUAACGCUGCCAGCACUUCCUACGCCAGUGUGCUCGUCUGUAGGGAACUGGGUAUGAUGUCUGGGUUAUUUUUUUAAAUAAACUGUAUCUG